GACCCCGCCGACCACCCGGCCAGGGACAAGAUCUCUACUUCGCGUCCACCGGACCACCACGCCGACGGCGGUAUUGUCUUCUAGAGAUGUUUUUGUUGUUGUAGGCGAUCUCCCCAAGUUCCCUGUCUCUGCUUCAGUUGGUUCGUCCGGCUAUCUGCUUCAUUUAUUCUAUUAUUCAAUCUCAGGAGAAUCACUAGCGCCGACCUUGUCUUUCAAUCAUUCCAUUUCAGGUUGGAGUUGAUGUGGAGAAAUAAGAGUGCACUAUCAACAAAGUUUUUAAAUGUUAGUGUAGCAAACUUUUGUAAAUCCAAACAACUGGAGAGAGCAGAAGAAUUAAUAAUUGAUGGUAUAAGGGUUGGAGUACAGCUGGAUGUGGUAACCUAUAACACUCUGAUAGCAGCAUAUUGUCAGUUUUACGGGAUCAAUGAAGGUUAUUCUAUCCUUAAUAGAAUGCAAGAAUCUGGGAUUAGACCAGAUGUCAUAACAUAUAAUUCAUUGAUAUCUGGUGCCGCCAGAAAUGGCUUGUUAUCCCGUUGCACAGCUCUGUUUGGUGAAAUGCUUGCAUCAGACAUUUUUCCAGACAUUUGGAGUUACAACACAUUGAUGCAUUGUUAUUUUAAAUCUGGAAAACCACACGAGGGCUACAGGAUAUUCAGGGACAUUCUUUUAAAGGGCAUCCCACCAGGUCCGGCAACGUUUAACAUCCUAAUGAACGGUCUUUGCACAAAUGGAUACACAAAGAACGCCAUGAAGCUAUUUAGGAACUUGAAACAACAGGGUUUCAUUCCUCAGCUGGUAACAUACAACAUCCUUAUUAAUGGGAUUUGCAAGUUGGGCUGGCCUGCAUCUGCCAGAACGCUUCUGAAAGAACUUGUGGAAAUGGGCCAUACCCCUAAUUCUGUCACGUAUACCACAAUAAUGAAAUGCUUUUUUAGUUCAAGACGAUAUGGAGAAGGGCUUCAAAUCCUUAGAGACAUGAGAAGCAAAGGGUAUGUGUUUGAUUCACACGGAUACUGUACAGUGAUUAGUUGCUUGCUUAAGGCGGGUAAGACAGAGGAAGCUCUUGAAUGUGUGGAUAAUAUGAUUAGUUAUGAGAUUGAUCUUGAUAUGGUGACUUAUAACAAUAUUAUUAAUCUUUAUUGUAAGAGCGGAAAGAUGGAAGAUGCCUUCUUUUUGGUGAAAGACGCAGAAAGAAGAGGGUUGGAGUGUGACAUAUACACACAUACUAUUUUGAUAGAUGGGAUGUGUAAGGCUGGAGAUAUAGAAGGGGCACUUAAACACUUGGACCAUAUGAACAAGUUGGGGAUUGUACCGAACUUGGUUGCUUUCAAUUGCUUUAUUGAUGGGCUGUGCAAAGCUGGUCACAUUGACGAAGCAUUGGAAGUGUUUAAUUCAAUGGCCGAGAAGGAUGGUUUUACAUAUUCAUCAAUGCUGAACGGCCUUUGCAAGUCUAAGAGAUUUCGUGAAGCUUCUGAGCUGUUGCUUUCUUGUGGUAGAAGAGGUGUGGAAGUUCUAAAAUCUGAUAAAGAAGCAGUUAUCAACGGUCUUUGUCGUUCUGGCUUAACGCAUGAAGCAAAAAAGAUACAGUAGAAAAGACGUGUGGCAAAGACAUUGCAUUGCCUAUGAGGUGAUCGUGUCCUGCAUUUUAUCAUUCCAAUCUGCAAACCACUCUUAUGGAUAGCCAUUAUCACAAAACUAGCAGAAUUUUUUCGAGAAAACGUACGUUUCAGUACAUCAGAGGUGGAUCUCCAAUUCACCACGCUACCGGCAAUGGAGGGAGUGCUUGCUAUCUUUUGGAAUAGCACUAUAACAGGGAAUUCAGGGAUAACUAGUCUCCAAGCAGUCAUCCAGUGCCAGCCAAAGUUUGUACUUGUGAGAAGGAUGUCAUUCAUGGGGGAAACUCAAAAUUCAUCUACUCCAACCAAAUAAAAAAGGGCAGCCAAAGCACAAAGCAUGCCCGCCCUGCGUGAGUCCGCGAAGUACAAAGAAGCUUGAGCUGUUGAACAGGUACAAUCAUGAGAGUUCAAUGGCUGCAAAUGACUGUUGCAGGUUGGGGCAAAACCAUGCUUCACCUUUACACUAUUCGGUAACUCAGAGCCGUCUCUAGGCCUAGGCAAAUUAGGCAUUUGCAUGGGGCUCCCGAUAUUUUAUGGUCCAAUUUUUAAAAACAUGUGUUAAGUAAUACUCCUUCCAUUCCAUAUUAACUGUUCAUUAUGACUUUUUAGAUAAAUUAAAAAGUGAAUGAAUCUAGACAUAAAGGAUGUCUACGUUCAUUUAUGUUUUAUAGUAUCUAGAAAAUGUUAAUAGACAACUAAUAUGGGGUGAAUGGAGUACUCUAUAUAUAUAUAUGUAAGACAAAGGUUCAACGUUCAAAGGUCUUGU